CCAGGAACCUUGAAGCGUAAUUCAACCGUCAGAGCACUGCAUACCAAGAACUCGAGGAAGAAGAUGGCGAAAUCUUUUCCGGCAAUGCUGCUGGUCACGGCGCUCGCGCUGGCGGGGCUAGCCGCCGGAGCGCGCGCCGGCGACAUCGCAAUCUACUGGGGCCAGAACGGCAACGAGGGCACGCUGGCGGAGGCGUGCGCCACCGGCAACUACAAGUUCGUCAACGUGGCCUUCCUCACCACGUUCGGCAAGGCCCAGACGCCGGUGCUCAACCUGGCCGGCCACUGCAACCCGGCCACCAACGGCUGCACGGGCGUGGGCGCGGAGAUCAAGUCGUGCCAGAGCCGGGGCGUCAAGGUCCUGCUCUCCAUCGGCGGCGGCGUCGGCAGCUACGGCCUGUCGUCCCCGGCCGACGCCGGGCAGGUCGCCGCCUACCUCUGGAACAACUACCUCGGCGGCGCGUCCAAGUCCAGGCCCCUCGGCGACGCGGUCCUCGACGGGAUCGACUUCGACAUCGAGAUCGGCGGGAGCCUGUACUGGGACGAUCUGGCCCGGUCCCUCAAGUCCUACUCCCGUCAGGGGCGCCGGCCGGUGUACCUCGCCGCGGCGCCGCAGUGCCCGUUCCCGGACGCGUCGCUGGACACCGCGCUGCGCACGGGGCUGUUCGACUACGUGUGGGUGCAGUUCUACAACAACCCGCCGUGCCAGUACAGCGCGAGCGCCGGCGUGGGCGGCCUGGCGCGCGCGUGGGCGCAGUGGACGUCGAUCAGGGCGGGGCGGGUAUUCCUGGGGCUCCCGGCCGCGCCCCAGGCCGCCGGCAGCGGGUUCGUGCCGACGAGCGACCUGGUAUCGCAGGUGCUCCCCGUGGUCAGGAACUCCACCAAGUACGGGGGCAUCAUGCUGUGGUCGAGGUUCUACGACGGGCUCACCGGGUACAGCGACGCGGUCAAGUCCCAAGUGUGAGCUGUUGCUCGUGGCAUGUCGGCUCUCGGGCGUGUGUGGUGCACAUGCGUCCAUGUGCGUGGGUCGUGCAGGAUCGAGUACUCUGCAGAGAAACGUAGAGACACAGUGAUGGGUAUGAAAGACCAUGUGUCUUGGCUCUAGAGAUCUCUCUGAAUCUGAUGUGCUUUGGCAUGUACUAUCUCCAUCGAUUCAAUGAACUGCGAGCAAACAUUGUUGUGGCCACAA